AUGAGGUUCCUUUUACUCGGCCCUCUAUUAUUCGCCGGGCUGUGUUAUUGUGCGGAUCAGGAUGUGCUCACGAUCCUGAACCAGCAGGCCGGCAUUUCCACCUUCAUCAGUCACCUCGAAAGCUAUCCUGACCUAAUCGACACCCUCAAUAAUGGCACCUUCACAGUUCUCGCUCCAAGCAAUGAUGCCUUCUCAGCGUUUGCGACAGCAAACCCCGAACAUGCCAACGACACCAGCUACAUGGAAGCCCUGAUACAGUACCACAUCGCUCUCAACACGCACCCUUCAGCGGAGUUCGGUCUCACGCCUCUCUUUCCACGCACUCUCCUGACCUCGCCGGACUUCACCAACGUAACAGGUGGCCAGCGCAUCGAGCUCACAAUCCAGGACUCCAGACCGACGAUCCUCUCCGGCGUCAAAGCCGCCUCCGCCCUCCAACAACCAGAUAUCUUUUUUCAAGGAGGCUUAAUUCACGUUAUCGACAGUGUCCUGACCAUUCCGGACUCAUUUCCCAGCACAAUCACCCGUGCGAAGCUCAACAACCUCAUCGCCCUCCUCAACAAAGGUGGUUGGCUCAACCCCUCCUCCCCUGCCAUCACCAUCAUCAACGACCUGAGUGACCUGACCGUCUUCGGACCAGACUCCCCGCAAUUCGGCGCCGGCUUUACCGGCUUCGAUGCUCUGAGCGAGAAUGAACUGAACGCCAUUUUCCGGUACUCCAUCGUCCAGAACUCACCACCACUAUACUCCUCCGAGUUCAGGAACGCAAGCACCCACCGCACGCUGCAAAACCUGAGCCUGACCUUCACCGAAGCAAACGGCGGCUUCUACGCCGACGCCGCCCGCAUCACACAGGUCGACUACCUCGUCUCCAACGGCGUUCUACAGGUGCUCGACAUCCCGCUAAACCCCGACACGACGGGCAUCGGUCCCGUGGUCAACACACCGGAGCCUAAAUCCUCAUCGAAAGGUCUCAGCCCAGCCGGCGCGGCAGGUCUCGGCAUCGGCAUCGGCGCCAUCAUCCUCGGCGGCGGUAUCGUCGUGGCCCUCGUCCUGCGCAGCCGCCAGCGCCGCGGCCUCCCCCUCUUCGGCAACCCCCGCCGCUUCGGCCAGGGCCAGAUGCGCCUCCCCGAGGAGGAGACGCCGGGGAUCCCCCGCAACCGCCGGCGCAGCGGUGGCAACAGUGGGCGACACAGCACGGCGCGCGCACUCGAGCUCAGCGACGCGGCACCACCACCCCGCUACGGCGCGCACGAACUCGACAACAAGGGAUCCACCCCGAUGGGCUCACCGGGCGGCGGCGGCGGCGGGCGGGGAACCGUCCACGUCGUAGAGCUGCGCUCGCCGCGGGAGGACGGCGCGAACGGGCGCUCCACGCUCAUGACGACCGAUGUCGAGUACGCCUCGACCACGGGAGGCGGCGGCACGGUGAGGGCGGUGGACCGCGAUGGCCGCACCGUCACCGUCUACGACAAUCGGGGCCGGCCGUUGCCGCCGAAGCCGCCGAGUCCGCAGGAGAUUGAUGGCGAGGAGCGGAGUCGCAUUAGUAUCAGUAUUACGGGGGAGGCGCCGAGGCAUUUGGGGUUUCAGGCGAGGUUUAAUUGA